UGAGAAAUGGUGUCGUGGAAAGAUGUAACUAUGAUGGCUUCCAGCAGAUUGCAUCUACAAAUAUAAGAGGAAAUACACAUUUGGUGUGGCUGUAGUUGGUUCCUACAUAUACUGGAUGGACCAUCAACGAAAGACGUUAGUCCGCGCAAACAAGGAAUUUGGUAACAAACUCACGGUUCUUGACAGCAAUCUUCAACCUCCAUUGACCAUUAUUGCUGUUUUUGACCAUGACAAUGAAGUAUUAAGUACUUGCUCUAAAGUGAAAAAAUGCUCUAAUCUGUGUCUGUCUAAGCCUCGUGGACAUACUUGUGCAAGUGUUUGCAAUGGAAAACUUUAUUUAAAAGAUUCCUGUGAAAACCAACAAUUAGAAGAUGAAAAUACACAUCGUAUGGCGACAGAAAGGUGCAAAUUGGAUGAGCUUAAUUGCACAAUCUCUUCUAUGAAUUUAUCUAAAGGAGUGAUGAAUAUCAAAGUUUUCAUUGCCACUGGAGUUGUAACUUUUCUGUUCAUUAUGGCACUGUUGUGUUUUUUAGUUCUUGGUUACAGGUACUACAUGGAAAACAAUCUAAACAGGAAACAGAAAGACCUAACACCAUAUAGUGUAACUUAUGCGAAGACAAAGGAAUAAUAGGGUCAUCGACAAUCAAAAUUCAAAACAUUUUAGUUUCCUUAACUUUUCAUGCCAGUGACGCGACAAGAGAGAAAUGGAGUUAAUGGUCUUAAAUAAAAAACAUAAUCAUUGAAGAAUGUGUAAUAUAUAAAUAGAUAAAUAUAACACUAUAAAAAUUCUGAACAAUAUAUAUCAUGAUUCAAAAUUCGA